UCCCCUCGGUCUAUAAAGCUACGAGAAACCCACUUCCACCGAACAUUCGCUCGCCGCUUCGUCACUCAUUUACUCACCAUGUGGCUCUUGUUUAUCAUCGCAGGUCUAUUGGCGGUUUCCGCCGAAAAGGAGUCUGCCGUAUCGAACGUGGCAGAAAAAUCGUCGUCGUCGUCUCCCACGGCGAGUGCAGAUGACAUCGUCAUGCUAGAGAUCGACGUAAAAGGUCCUGCUAAAAGAUCACCGAUAUCAGCCAAUGGCGUUUAUGGAGCAUCGCCAAGCCAAUACGUUGUUCGACAUGGUGAUGACCCUCAAGAGCUCUCACCGGAGUACCUAUCGGCGGCACUGCAGCAAUAUUCUCAAUCGCAACCACAAACGUUCGGUCCAACAACUGCAACGCCACUAUCCCAGCGCAGACCAUUACCAGCAUACGCUAGACAACAACAACAAUUGCAACAAGCCUACCACAAUUAUCGAAAACCAGCUGUAGUACCGCCGAGACCUCGAGCACAGCUUCAUCCUCAAGCUUUGGCUCAAGCCGAAGUGGCAGCUCAAUUACAGGCUCAAAUUGAUGCUAGAAAUCGUGCAGAUGCCAUACAUACAGCUCGUUUGAGUCCCAGUGGUACGUCGACUUAUCAAGUUGCAGCAUAUUCCGAACCGAAAUUGGGAACGUUCGAACAAGAACUUCUUCAAUUGGUAUCAGCCAACCAAGCUCAGGAAUUUAAGCUUGUUCCAACGCAACCAAAAUCAGCAUUGAAAUCUGGCUAUGCGUCUGAAUAUUCCCAACAAUUAGUAAGUUAUCCGAGUCAGUAUUCCAAACCAGCAGCAGUAGCAGCACCAACACCAGCAGCAUCCCAUUUACCAGAACAAUAUCACAUCGAGACUACAGCACCGCGUUAUCAGCAACAAGCACCAGCUUAUCAAUCUGUCGAAGAACCAGUUCAAAUCCAAUMCCAGCCAGUGCAAUCCCUUCCAGUUCAAGCUAAAGAAUUCAGACCUUCUCCUCAAUAUCAGUAUGCCGAAGAUCAUAAUAACCUGAAAGCUGUUCAACAGGCUCAAGCCCAAGCUGAAGCCGAAGCGAUAGCAAGAGCUCAAGCACAUGCUCAAGCUCAAGCUUUAGCUUUCCAAAAAGUUACGCAAGCUGCUCACAACAAGCAUCAUCAGGAUGCUUUUCAACAGAUCCAAAUAGUGAACGAACGUCAUAGACAACAAAGUGCUUUAGAACAAAUUCAGCAAGGUGCACAGGUCAGUGACGCAGGACGUGCACAUAUCGAGGAACAAUAUCAUCCGAAAGAUCCCGAAGCCGCGUACAGAGCACGCUUGAAGGCUCAAGCUCAAGAAGAAUUAGCCGAGGCUAGAAGAGCUCAUGAAGCUGCAGAAUACAAGGCGCACUCCGACGCCAUAUUGAAACUUCAGGCACAACAGCAGGCUCAUUUGAAAGCGCAAGAGGAUGCUCAUAAGUACGCUUUGAAUUUCGAGAAAAAUCAAUUACAAGCCCAAGCGCAAGCUCAAGCUCUGGCACAAGCUCAAGCCGAAGCUUUGUAUAAAGUUCAUCAGCAAAAUCGUGCCAAAGCGAAUAACGAAGCUGUAGCGGUGGCCAGAGCUCAAGCAGAAGCAAGGACAAAAGAUCCAGAACAUACACCAGUAAUUCAAUAUCUUUUGCCCAAUAGUACACCUCUUCCAUCUCCAAACAGUUACUACACCAACGACGAAGUACAAAAAUAUCAAGCUUCGGGAUCAUCCUACGUUCCCAGAUCUGUUCCAAAAGACGAAGGACCUCCUCUAGCACAGGAAAUCCAACCUACGAUCACUCAGCCUCGACAAACUCACAAAUUGAAGAUACCAGCUGCCUCGCCAUCCUCCGUUUACGUGUCUCAAUCAGGUCUAUUAAAAAAAGCCCCAGUUAAAUCACUAACUAUCGAAGAAAUCAUUGAACAGGACCAAGUCAAUGGACCUCAAGUCGUACGUAUUCCUACAUCCAAAGGACAUCAAACACUAACGCAAGAAGACCUCUCAGCCCUUCUUCAUUCCGACUACUCGGUUACUCCCAUUCCCCAAACUGCUAAACCUACUCAACAAACUUACAUCGGAGAAAACGCACCGGCAGGAUACUACGUGAAAAAACAAAGAAAUCCAGUUGCCAGGCCUGAAUAUAUUACUUACGAAGAUGUAAUCCCUCAAGCUCGUAAACCAACAAGAAAGAACAGACCAAUUUUAAAGCCACAAGGUAGUGAAGCUGAUGCUAGUGAAAAAGUUACUUAUCUAGUACCUUUGGAACAAGAAUUUGGAACCAAACAACCAUUGGUUAGACGUAUCCAAGAAUGAAAAUCGUAUAUCCAUCCUCGUUCUAAUUGUUUUUACCCAACUUGUAUAGAUACAAUCGAUAAUUGAACUAAACAUCAUUGAUGAUAUUAUCAAAACUAUAGAAAUCAUCAAAUAUUAAAUUAGAACAAGAAAAUCUAACUAAAUUAUACAAUUUUUUCAUGAGAUUUAUUACCGAUAAUAUCAUGACGUUUCUUUUUAAACUAUCUUGACACGCAUACAAAGCACAACCAUACACGUAUUUCCUUCCCAUCCCUAAUGAUAUUAUCCAAUUAUAUUCAAAAAGCCCAAUUUCUUUUGACUUUAUGAUUAAAUAUGACAAAAUAUGAUUAUAUCAUUUGUAGUCACAACUGGUGAUCAUAA